GUGGUAUUCCCAACAUCAGAACUGGAGGAUGACCCCAGCGUUGAUAUCGUGAAUGUUUGUUGUGGUCGUCAACAUUUCCUUGCUCUUUCUGCCGACGGUCGAGUGUACAGCUGGGGUUGGAAUGGCGAUGGGCAACUUGGUAUCCCAAAGAAGAAAGGAAAAUAUCUAGAGUGCCCCAAACCAAGGUUGAUCAAAAGUAUAUCGGAUGUUGGUGUCGUCCAGAUUGCCUGCGGAAAUGACCACUCUCUUGCGCUCACUCGAGAUGGGCGGCUGUUUUCGUGGGGAUUUAACCGCCGUGGUCAACUAGGUGUGGGAAGGGGCAAUGCGAAGAGAGACAAACGCUUUGUGGAUAAACCUAUCGAGGUCGAAAACCUGUGGGGAGUGCCAUUGCAGCGCAUUGCCGCCGGUGGCCAGCAUUCUGUUGUUCUUUCCGUCUCUGGAUCAGUCUACGUAUGGGGAUGGAAUGAACAUGGGCAGCUUGGAUUGCAGCAGUCAGACAAUGUGAAACUUCCCGUCAAGUUGGAGUCCAUAUCUCAUGGUGAUGUUAAGACCAUUUCAUGUGGAAUGCAUCAUACUAGUUUCUUGAAACAGAAUGGCGUGUUGAUGGUAUAUGGCAUGGGUGUCAACAGGGUCCCGUGUGAGUCUGAUGAAUGGAGAGAGUCUGAACUGAGACCUAACCGGUUUUCUCUUCACGAAUUCUCUUCAAUUCAGUCAACUAGCCGAUGUACUUAUGCCGUUGAAGAGUUCACCCAUGAAAUCUUCAUGCUUGAUCACAGCAAAGCCCAGCAAGAUGACUCUUCUCAAAACUUACAGCUGGUUCCUCUUGAAAAAGCCUUGAUGAUUGACAUGUUUGAAACAAGAACAUCAACCAUUUGGCCAUCUCCUGGUUCAUAUGUAUUUGACCCAGAAGUCUGGGGAUCAGCGAGACCUGACAAGCUAUUGGAACGUGUUCCGAGUUUAGAAGAACUACCUGAAGGUGACGAUGUGGCUAAACUUGAUAGGCUCAUAAGAGAAACAGACCGUCUACAGGGAACAGCCACAGAGAACCAUUCUGAUUCCGUUGGUUCUGUAAGUGAGACUUACACAGAGCCAGGAAAUGUUGGCAGUGAUAGUGGGUUUGGUGUCCUUGGUGAUGACUACAAUGAGGGUGACAGUAUUCUUGACUGCAAUGGCAGCCUUGAUGAUUAUUCCCCAAUGACUUACGGGGAUGACUCUGCAAAUGUAUCUUGUAAUGAUCAGGGUGGUGAGGAACAUGGAAUUCUGCAAGUGUAUGAAGAUGGUGUCUCAUACAGCCAUGCUGAUUCAGCUGAAAAAUCAUCCAAGACUCUUCCAGAACUUGUCCACAGUACACCAGUCAACAACCACAGGCAAGCCGGCAUAGAUGUUGCUUACCAAGAUCCUGUUGAGAAUGCCAUCAGCGACCUGUCUGGUGCCAUGGCUGCAAUGUCAAUCACCAACCAUGACUGUCCGAACAAAAAAGCAGAAGAUGAACCAAGGGUAGAUGACGAUGAUCAGGAAAACCAGCAAAUGCCCCCAAGGAUCUUGCGACGUCUGUGCCCUGGAAAGAACACCAUCUUUAUCAUAGAGCAGGAUGAACCAACGGGGGAAGAGCUUCACGUAUCGAUGGCCCCUAGAAAGGGAAUCGAUACACUAUCUGCUGAGCUUCUGCAGAGUUUAGCGAACACCGAGGGAGACAUCACAGAAGAGACGGCCUCGUUCAGAUAUACAAGAGCUGUGCUCUCAUCUCCUGCUUGCCUGAAUGCUUCCUUUCGUCCAACAAAACAAAAUGAAGUUGGUGUUGAUCUAACAGCAGCAAGAGAGGCUUUCAAGUUGAUAGACAAGAAUCACAGUCUCCUUGAAAAGCUCUCCAAAUCGAUUCCUGAUGAGUUCUGUAAAAGCCUCCCGAAGCCACAGCACCAUAAGGAAGUUCUUCGAUUCAUCUUGAUUCUAAUGGAAUGCCCCAUUUUCAGACAGCAUCGCUAUCCCUGGGGGCGCCGUCUCUUAGCUGCUAUGGGCAGGUUCAUGAUAUCUCUUCGUGAUGCAUCUGGAUGUGAAAUUCUCGCUUGUUGGUGGAAGUCCACACCGGCGUCAUUUCGUCAUGCUGUCAAGGCUUACCGAAAAGCACUGACAUUCUUGAUUCAGAAACGGACUAGGGUCGAAGAAGAACCCCAAACUUUCCUGACCUAUCUGAAAGUCCUAGACUUCUUGAAUAAGGUCAAUCUACAGCAUAAUAUUCUUUCCAUAAAGACAUUUUACAUCCCAAAGAUUGACCAAGUUGAGUUUAAGCCAGGAGAAAGAACAUAUGGCCGAAAACACCCACUAUCAGAAUUUAGGUGGCAGACAUAUCCAUUUCUCAUUAAUCUGGAGUUGAAAACAUCUAUUUUCAUCACCAACAACCUUGCUGAGAGACAGAACACCAUGGUAGGUUUCUUUGAAAGGAACUUUUGGGCAUACUUCGAUUGGCUACGUGGUUUGGGUCCGCCGCCCAGCCCCUCUAUGGUCAGUCUUACCAUUACAGUGGACCGGAAAGACAUCUUUGGGAAGAGUGUGCAGGACCAGCUAGCUGAGAUGUUGAACUUCCCGAUGUCUUUACUUCGACGGCCUCUCAAAGUUGUCUUCGUGGGAGAAGCUGGGGUUGACUUUGGCGCACUGAGUAUGGAAUUUUUUCGGCUUGCUUUCAAAGAACUUCUGGAUCCAGAUGAGGAGGACUUUGCAUUUGUCCGAUAUAUAGACACCCUUGAAAAAACCAACUCUUUUGUUUGGUUUCGGAAGGAAUGCGGGAACUCCAAACUAGCAAAGAUAUGUGGUCUCCUCUUUGGACUUUCAUUGUACAACAAGGCAAUUGUACCAUUACCUUUUCCACAACUGCUCUAUGCCAAGCUUCUAGGAAAAGGCCCAAAGACUGAGAUGGAGGAAUUGGCAGAGCUGGACAAGAAAUUUGCCAAACAAAUGUGCAAAUUGCAGAGUGGAACUGAACAGUAUGUGAAGGAAAGUUGCUUUGGUAUGGAGAUUGAAUUGGAGGAUGGCACGAGCGUUGACGUCACAAAAGAAAAUGUACAUCGCUACGUGGACAAAAAGAUCAAAGACUAUUUGGUUCCGUCACAAUUUGCAGCAUUCCAGAGAGGCUUCCAUAAAGUCUUUCAUCCAACUGCCUGUGAAAUGUUCAGACCAAUUGAGCUGGAAACACUUGUCCUGGGAGAGAAACAUUUCGAUUGGAAAGCACUGGAGCAGUCGACAAAGUAUACAUUGCCAUACACAUCUUCUCACCCAACCAUUACAAUGUUUUGGACAGUGUUCCAUGAUCUAGAAGAUGGCUGGAAAAGGAAGUUUCUUGUAUUUGUGGCGGGGUCGGACCGUGUACCAAUUGGCGGACUGCAGAAGCUAGGCCUCAUCAUUGAGCAUCUUCCAGUACCUCUUGAUUGUUCUAACUCUGAUGAAGUUGAAGAUAGGCUCACCUUGCUGAUGCCUACGGGCCAUGCCUGUGAUGAUUUUAUAUUCAAGCGUACAUUACGACUGCCAGAGUAUACUAGACCUGAUGUUAUGAAAGAUCGCUUGACAGCUGCUUUUUCGCAUACUGACAUUGGAUUUCAUAUUGCUUAAAGUUGGAUGAUUUUAUCUUGGCCCCAUCUUACAAAGAGCUGCAAUUGAUCCGAUCAACCGCAAGUAUGGAUGGGCACCAUAUCAACAUCUGGAAUGCAAAUUUGUUCAGAAUAUUUUCUAGAUAUGAUGUAUAUUCAUACAUUCAUCAUUCUCUUGAAGAUUUAGUGUGAUUCUCUUUGUUUACUCAAGAGCUUGUGCAAAUUUCUUGUAGAAGUAAAUAUGAUAUGGAUGGAUUUCCAUACACUUGAGCUUGAUUGGAUCAAAUGUAAUUCUUUGUAAGAUGGGGCCCUGGAGAUUUGAUUAUUAUUAAUUUCUUUAUAGUACUAUUCAUACAUAUAGAUACAUAUGUAUGUAUUUGUUUUGUUUUGUUCAAUCUAUACAUUUAUCGUUUCUUCAAUAUCUGAAAUAGUAUUCUUUUUGUUGUGCAUGCUUUCUGUCAGGAUGCUUUAUGGGACUAUAUCAGAUGGUAAGAAUUUGAGAAAAGAUCUAGUCAUUUAAUUGAUUUGUUUUCAGGUUCUGUAAACACGAUUAAGUACAGAUUUAUUUCCAGGAGUGCAAAUCUCUUUCUUUCUUUAUCUUUUCAGUUCUUGCACUCUAUUUGUGUCAUGCCCCGAGACAUUUCCAUCACACAAUCUACAAAACAAAUCAUUUUCCACAAGAUUAUUUACUUCCACUUUCAUAGUUCCUCUCUAUUUGAAACCCAAAUGACUAGGUUUUUUAAAUCUAAAGAAUAUACAGUGCGUCCCAGAAAAAACGAAACCGAGAUUAAGCGAUGAUUUAUCAUGACUUAACCAUAAAUACAAUAGACAAAUGACCUACCAAAGUAAAGCUUAGAAUCUCCUCUUUCAUCUGAUAUUACUUAGAUUAUUCCUCAUUCACGCAUGAGUGAGCAAAAACAAUUUGAAGUAAGGAUACCAAAAACUCAUUUGGCGGGGGGUAUCUGAAUUUCAAAAAGAAAAUCACAUGCCUAACAAAUUCAAUAUCUGCUCUUUAAUUUGAUACCUUAAUCACAAAAAAUGGUCAAGAAGUAAAAAAGUUAUGUUCCCUCGAAACAAUGCUUGUAUUUCCAUAAUUAUCAUCAAAUAAACGUGUUUUCACCGGUUCCCCACAGAAGCUAUCGCACGGUUAACAAAAGACGUAAUGCAUGGCUGAUCGUCAACAAAACGGAGUGUCGAGUGAGUUUGAACGCUAGCCUGUAAAACCUCUUCAUUUUAUGAAAUUAUUGAAAUUCAAGCCUUAUUUCAAAUAAUCAGAACUUUGUUUUUUCUAAACCAUUUUCUUUAAUUGAGGUAUCAAAUUAAAGAGCAGAUAUUGAACUUUUCAAAAAUGUGGUUUUCUUUUUGAAACCCAGAUACAGCCCGCCAAAUGACUUUUUGGUAUCCCCUCUUCAAAUUGUUUUUGCUCACUCAUGCUUGCAUGAAAAAUAAUCUAAGUAAUUUCAGAUGAAAGAGGAGAUUCUAAGCUUUACAAUGGUAGGUCAUUUGUCUAUUGUAUUUGCGAUUAAGUUAUGAUAAAUCUCGGUUUCGUUUUUUGUGGGACGCACUGUACAUUACCAACAUUUGAUUUCCUUAUCAGAUAUGAUAAAAGAGUGUUAUGCACAGAGAAUUGAUUUAUAUUUGUGAAAUUUGCGAUAUAGAUAUGUGAAGUAAAACAAAAAUAGGGUCCAUGUGAAUUUGCUUAAUUUUUCCUUUUUGGUAUGAAAGUACAUGUACAUGUAGUUCUGGGACUUUGAAUGGGAUAAACAUUCUUUUUACAAACUAUUUGGAUAACUGUAGUGCUGAUUUGAAAUGACUCUUUGUAAGAUUAGCAGGUAAAUUGCUAGAUGAUAACUUUACCACUAGAGUGCUUGCAAUUUGUUGGAUGUUCACAAUGAAUCAAUCAAUGAAAUAUGAUAUAGUGUUCACUGCACUUUUGGAAGAUUUUAAUGAUACAAACAUUUAAAAAACAAUUCACAUUAAUGAAUGCUUGGAUCUAUAAAGCACUUAAUGACAUUGUUGGAAUUUGAAAGGGCUCUAUGAAAGCUGAUUGUUAUUACAGGUAAAUUAACCAAAGACCUUAGUCGACAGACUUCAAGCUAUUCGUAUCUGCACUUUUCAUAUAUCCCCUCAAUUUUUUUUCCAGUUAUUGGAUUUUUUUAAAAACCAUUCUUUCAAAUCUUCAUAUUUUAUGCAUAGUAGUGCUUCAGGUAGAUAGAGUGGUAAUGAAAAUUUUAACUUUUUAAUUGAUGUAUUUUUUAUUCAUGUUGGCUUUAACAGGGACCAUCACUGUAAUAGUCAGUGGCUCGAUAGUUCAGUUGGUAGAGCGGGGGUCUGGUCUAGCCUGGUUCCUAUUAAACCGAUAAUGAAACAUUAUGAGCAGUGUAGUCUUAUAAUAUAGACCCACUUAAAUGACAACUCAUUCAUUCACCGCAAUUAUGUUACUAAGAUACAAGAAAAAAUUAUAAUAAAAACAUUUCAGUUUCUCUGUACAAAUAAAAUGAUAGGCUAAUUUAUUCUCUGUAGUAUUGAUACUUAUUUCAAAAGGUUCUACUGCUGUAGAAAUUCGGCUUGAAAUUUUUACAGCAGUAUAGUCAGUGAGAAAUCACACAAAGUGUUGUUCAUUUUGCCCCCCCCCCCCCUUCAAAUGAGCAUGUUUCUUAACUAAGGUUAACCUUUCAUUUGACUUUGGAAAUGAAUAAAUGAAAAUAGAGAAAGCAAAUAAUAUUUACAUAUAUAUAUUUUAAUUUGUAGAUAACAUGUACAAUGUCUGUGUAAUUUAUACAACUAGUCUUUCAAUCUAUUUUUUAAAAUGUAGUAAAAUGUGCUUUAUGUAUUCAGAAAUAAUUGUAUAUUGGCCAGUGCAACUGAAAACUAUGAUAAUUGCUAUUCUUUAAAUUUCUAUUUAUACUUAACACUUAUUUUUAUUGUUCUUGUUACACAUGUAAUGGACGCCUUCAUAGAUAUUGGUACAUGAUUCAUUUCAAUCAAAUUCAUUAUCUUAUAAUAGUUGAAUUCUGUAAAAAAUAUAUUGAUAAUGUUACAUGUACAUCAGUCUUAGGAUAACAUUUUUAAAUGUAAUCUAUUAAUAGUAUAUUUUCAUUAAUGAAUAAUUAUUUAUUGGAUUUUAUAUCUAACAUGAGCCUUGUCAUUCUUUAUCUUAAGAGUUAUUUUUUUUUUAUUCAUAAGUAAAAUUAAUUUUCAAUAAGGUUUAUGACAUACAAGUUAUGAUAAUUAUAUUAAUUGCUUGUAUAGUUCAAUUCCUGUAAUAAUAUGAAUAUUAUGUACAUGAUUCUUUUCCAAUCUAAUUUAUUAUGUAAGAAUAGUUGGUUUCUGUAAAACUGUAUUGAUAUUAUAAGAUAAGAUUUUUAAUCUGUUUUAUAAUCCUAUUAAAAGUUGACAUAGAGUUGACCUGGCUCACCUGUAUAUGCAUUGCGACAGUGGCAUGGAUAUAAAUCAUUCAUUUGUGUGCCAUAUAUAGCAAGCACAUGUGCAUACUGUAAUAGUUUCAUUAAAAACUGGCUUAUAUAUGUUGGUGUUGAUUCUGUGUUUGAGUUGAAUGGUUAAAGGGCAGUUAGUUUUAACGAAUUGCCCAAUAGCCUGAGUAAUCCUGUGGUUUUUGAAAAUAUAUUUACUUCAAAAUGUUUUUUAAAACAAAAUGAUUAGUCAAGCUAUUAGACAUUUAUUUUAAACUUAUUUCUCUUCAACCAUUCAAAUCAAACACAGAAUCAACACUGAGAAAUAAUACAUAUGCCCGUUUUUAAUAUCACACUAUUACAGUAUAUUACACUUUCAUACAUGUGCUAUAUACACAAAUUUUCAGGCGGUCCAAAACUUUGCAAAUGAUGGUACAAAAGAAAAAGGUGAAGCCAAAACUUAAUGGUUUCUCUAUUCAUAAUAUUAUCAGAAAUAUUGUAUGUAACUAUUGAUUAUCCAACUGAAUUGAUAUUAACAUCAGCUUUUGUUUGUUAUCAAGAGUCUUAGUACGACUCAAUCAUAUUUUUUCUGCAAUAUGUUAAAGAUGUAAUUUUUAUUCUUCUAUAAUUUCAAGCCUUCACUCAAAGUACUUUCAUUUAAAAAAAAAAACAAAGAUGAACAUUUAUUUAAAUGGGAAUUGCAUUUUGAAAUAAAUAUGUUGAAAAAAAAUAUUUAACUUGUCAUAUAUGUUGGUUCAUUUUAAAUUAGAUUAUUAAAGAAUGGGAAAUAUG